AUGAACAAGGAAGCAAAUCAGUUGGCGGCCGAUUACAAAGCGGUUAAAUUGCGAGGAGAUGAGGAAGAAGCAAGCCGAUUGCUGGGUCUUUUACUUGCCAAGCAAGCAGAAAUUAGCAGUUUAGAAGAGGAACUAAAAAAAGAUCCGUUAAAUAUACUCUUUGGAGAUGAAACUAAAGAUUUUUUUGCUAAUAUUGGCAAGAAUGUGUUGCGGAACAAUGCUGACUUUUUAAAAUUUAAAAAAGAGAAAGCAAAAGAUAAGGAGCAAGUUCAUUUUCCCGGCUUUAUUCCUAGAAAAUAUAUUGAAAAAUUAAACAAAGAAAAAGAACCAGAAAUUACUCCUUAUAAGAUUUCGGAUAAUGAUGGGGAAGAUGACGAGCAAAAAAAAAAAACAAAAAUUCGGCAAUUGAACGACAAUUUAGGGAAAAAGCAUAAUUUGGAAACAACUGAAACCCGAGGGAUAGAAACAGAAGAGGAAGAAAUUACCGCAAAAAAAAGCGGUCCGGCUGAUCCGGCCGAAUUACAAAAGCGAAUGAGUGAUAAAGUUUUAAGGGUGGGUAUUAUGAAAUUAUUGGCAUUGGAAAAUAUAAAUAACCAAAUUAUAGGUCUAAAAAAAGACAUUAAUAACCUUAAUGAAACUGUUGCAAAACUGGAAGUCCAACUGACCGAAAAGAAUACUGAAAUAGAAGGAAUAAAAAGGGACAAAACACAAUUGCAGAAUAAAUUAGACACCGCUGAUAAUGAAAACAAAAUUUUAGCCAAAGAAAAAACUGAUUUACAAACUGAAAUCAACGGCAAAACUGAAAAAAUAACCGAGUUGGAAAAAGAUAAAAAUGACCUUAAAACUGAAAGAGAUGCCAAUGCUGAAUUGGCUGUUAAACAUGCUGGUGUAUUAAAAAGUUUAGAUAAUCAAUUUGAUGUUUUUGACCCGGAUGAGACGGGAGGUUUUGUUCUUAACGAUACCAAAGUAAACAAGCUAAAAGAUAUCGUUGCCGUUGCCCGAGCGUUAGGAAUUUUGGGAGAAGGAAAUAUAGUGGACGAAGAUAAAAAACAAAAAGUUAUCAAUGGUUUUGCUAGUUUUAUCACCAUUAACGGUGAUUUUCCGGAUAUUUUUGAUGGAAAUGGAAAGUUAGUAGUUGAAAAAUACAACAAAUUAAAAGAUGAUGUGGAUAAAAGAGAUGAAUAUGAAGCAAAAAUUAGAAGCUCUAAUGAGGCUGACGCUGAAGCCGAUAAAGUAAAGGCCACCAAUACCGAAAUGAUAAAGGCAUUACAGAAUGCCGAACAAGUGGUGCCAACCAGAGGUUUUUUAGAAACCGAGGCAGAAUAUAAUGCUCGGUUAGUUCAAAAAAUUAAAGAUUUAAAAAAUAAUAAAAAUGACGAGACAGAACAAAUUAAGGAAAAGUUCAAAGAGGCUUUACAAAAAGCCCAAGAAUUAUUGGGUUCAGCAACCGGAAAAAAGAGUCUCGUUGCCGCUACUAGCCCAAAUUUUCGAACUUGCACCGAAGCCAAUAAUGAAUUUCUGAAAAUAAUAGAGGAAGUGGGGACGACUUAUCUGGGACUUACUAAUGAAGAUUUUAACGACCUUAAUUUUUUUAAAAAUGACACCAUUUCUCGUUUAGAUGAAUUUCUUUCGGAUUACGGGACAGUUAAUGAGGAGGCGAAAUUAAUUGCGGUUAGCCAAAUUCAACUUGAACUUCGGAAAGCCGGAAUGAGACGAGAGGAUUUGGAAAAUGAUUACAGUGAAUUAGAAGGUGACGAGCCGAUUGGUCCUGAAGUUAACCGAAUAAGAAGAAAAGUUAUUAAGGAAAUUCAUGAAAAAAAAACUGACUUGACGAAGGUUAAAAACGAUAAUGAAACAUAUCUGGAUUCCUUCGUUCAAGUCACUGUGCCUGGAGAUAAAGGUUUAGUUUAUCGAGCCAAAAAAAUUGUGGAAGGAGCCAAAGACCUACAAUUAGACGCCGAACAAAACGAGCGUCAACGAAUCCAACGAGAUUUAACGGCUGCUAUAAGCGGCCUUGCUACUCGCACUAAUGAGCGAGACGAUGCUCGCACAGAACGCAACACCUUACAAACUGCUCUUAAUACUCGCACGAUUGAGAGGGAUACUGCUCUACGACAAAAAAACGACCUCCAAACCCAAUUAAACACCGCCAAUAAUACUAUCAACGGAGCCAAAAAUCACCUCGGAGUAGGUGAUUUAAAUAAUUUGCCAGAUAUGAAUGGCAAUACCCUUCAACAAGCAUUAAAUAAAGCCAGACGAACGGAUACGGCCGAGACAGAAGUAGGCACUAUGAGAACACAAAGAGACAAUGCCAUCACCGAAAGAAACACUUAUAGGGCUGCAUUAAGGGAUGAUGUGGUCAGUGAAAUUGCUACUAAUUUAGACGAUGUUUUAAAUAAGGCCGCCCGAACUACUACUGCUGAAACAUAUCUCCAAAAUGAUUUACGGAUUAAUGAUUUAAACAACUUACCCAAUAAUAAUACCGGACAGAUUGUGAAUGACAUUUUGGAACUGAACCACCGCACACGGAGUAUUUUGGAAGCAACCAAAAUGUUAAAUAUGGUGGGUCUAAUUGAGGCCUUUCGGGCCAGCCAAAAUAUCGGUCAUAAUGAUUUGUAUAACCAACUAGUAAAUGACCAUCAAAUUAUAGAGACAACUUGGCAAAAUUAUAUUAGCAAUUCUCCGCCGGCUAAUUUAGGGCAGCGGAAAUUAAAUACUUUAAAUGCCUUAGCAGAACAAAUUAUUGCUGCUAACCCGCUAACUAACCAAAACCAAAUAAAUAAUUUGAAAACUCAAUUGAACCAAGAAAAACAGGCCCAUCAACAAACCAAAAAACCAAAUGAUACUUUGGAAAAAUUAGUUCAAACCAUUAAGGAGUUAAUUAAUAAGCCUGAUUUACAAGGGGCUUUGACAGCUGCUCAACAAAAAAAUAUUGAAUUAGAAAAAGAGUUAAAAGAUAAAGAAAAUAUUCCCGUUGGAGAGGACUUAGAAAACAUUAAAGAUAUUGAUUUAAGAGAAUUAGAAAAGAUUUUUAAGAUUAAGUUAUCGGCCGAAAUUGUUCGCCAAAUGCGACAAGUUGCUAAUUAUCAACAAUGGGCUGAAAUUCGGAAUACCGAAAUAGCCAACUAUUUUAACGUUCUUCAAAAUAGUUCCCAACGAGAAAAAAUUGAGUUGGUUAGGCAGCAAAAAAACGAACGGAUAUUAUUAAUAGGCCUAUUAGUAGCCAGUUUGCUAGCCAUUGGAGGGUUAGCCAUAAAAAUUGCGGCCAAAAAAAGGAAAUUGAGAAAAUAG